AUUGUUUCUUGUUUGCUCUUUGCCGUACCUGUCUCUCCACCUGUGGAUUCUCUUAAUGAGAAAUAAGGAUAAGAUACUAGUUGCUCACUUGGAUGGAUGAAAGGUUUUCUCAAGAAGAGAGACAAGCACGAAGAAAGAAACUACAACCAGAAGAGAAAAAAACUGCCAUUCUUUUCAACCUUCAGUAUGUUUUUAUCAAAGCAAGAGGAUCAGCUUGCCCAGGAGCUGAGCUGUCCCAUCUGUCUUCAGCUCUACAAUGAUCCAGUUGUUCUACCCUGUGGGCACAACUUCUGUCGAGCUUGCAUCUCCAAGUCUGCUGACCCCACAUACAGCGACAAAGAACCUCUACGCUGCCCAGAGUGUCGCGAGACCUAUGACGGCGUCGAUACCCUGCAGAAAAAUGUCAAACUUUCCAACAUUGUCGAGGGUUUCCAAGACUCUUCCCAAAACAUUUAUGAAGAGAUCCUGGAUGUGAUCAAACCUGCGAACCCAGAGGCAGACAAUGUCAUUUUCUGUGACCAAUGCAUAGAUGACAAGACUCCGGCGGUGAAGACCUGUCUGAAGUGUGAGGUGUCGCUGUGCUUCAGGCAUCUCCAGAAGCACAACGAGAGGGAGUCCUUCAAGACUCACUCUCUGGUGGAACCUCAGAAGGAUUUGGGGAGCAGGGCCUGCCCUGACCAUAACCUUCCACUUGAGUACUUUUGUUCUAAUGACAUGAAGUCUCUGUGCAUCACAUGUUUGGAAGGCCAUAACGAGAACCACGACGUCCUCACCGUCAGUGUGGCAGAGGAGGAGAUGAGACGAGCCUUGGAGAGCCGUGGCAAGGUGGUUUCCAGCCGACUGCAACUAACAGAGUGCCUCCUUCAGAAGACACAAGAGGACCAGGGAGCCUCCGAGGCUGUCGGAGAUAAAAUGGUCAACAAGGCAGUCUCACUUAUGGAUAGCAUGGCUUCAAUAGUGGACAGGUUCAGGGAGCGACUGCGUUUGGUUUUGGAGGAGGAGAGAGGGCAGCGGCGCAAAAGCUGGCAGCUUGGAGUGAGUGCAUUGGAGGAGCAGCAGCAGCUGCUGCAGGAGGCCCAGAACUGUGCAUCUGAGGUGCUCAGCGAGACAGACACAUGCGCCUUCAUACACAGAUUCAUGAUGAUUGAACAGAAAGUGAGAGAUGCUGCCACAGGCAGUCUUCCCAGCACGAUUUCCUCAAAGGUCGACCUGAACACCAAGCGUCUCCAGACAGACCUCAAAACCAUCGACUUCCGCACAGAAAUGGUCCGUCUCCUUGACACCCUUCACAUCCUGCUCAACCCUCUGGAGGUCACGUUCAACGUCUGCACUGCCCACCCCUGCUUGUUGGUGUCCAACGACCUGCACACAGUCAGAUGCACCAGCUCCAAGCAGUCCUACGUAGACCACCCGGAGCGCUUCCUGAGUGCACCUCAGAUCCUGUGCAGCCAGGGUUUUUCCACAGGCACGCAUAUCUGGGUGGCAGAAAUGGGCAGCAGCUGCAUGUGGUCCCUUGGCGCGUGCUACAAGACCAUCCCUCGCCGUGGAGACCACAGCCGCCUGGGGAACAACUUGGUGUCCUGGAGACUACAGUGGAAAAACGGCAAGCUAACUGCGUACUCUUCAUCUAGCAAUGCUGGGCUGGGGGAGACGUUCCAACAUCCAUCUAAGAUUGAGGUUGUGCUUGACUGUGAAGGUGGAACCCUAUCUUUCCACACUAUCCAAUCACACAGAGAACACCUUUACACCUUUAAGACUGUGUUUAAGGAGCCAGUUUACCCAGCUUUUAGUAUCCAUUCAAAUACAUCAGAGUCUUGGAUCACUUUACAAAGUCAGAUGUGACACCAACAUUUGGUCUGUAACUUUCCCUGUGCAUAGAUAUGUUUGGGGUAUUCCUGUUUUUAGAUCUUUAUUCACACUUUUGUUCUUACCAAGUUUGUUUAAAUGUUGACAUGUAAGUAACUAAAGUAGUCCAGGUUUUCUCCCGGAAACUCAUCAACCCAAACUAAGUGUCAGAAACUAUAAGUUCAUGUUUUACUUUUUCAUGAAAACACUAACGAUGGCCUGCCUCAAAAGUGGGGUUUCGUAUUCCUACUGUUCACCAUCACAGAUAAUUUACUAAUAAUCAAAAAAUUUGGAGAGGAUAACAUCCAAUAUUUGUAAUGGAAACUCCAUACUUUAUUCCAGAUUAACAUCAAGUUUUUCACAAAGGUGUUUUUUUCUCAUCUACACAUCAACAUUUGUCUACAGUCAGCUAACGAUAACUGACCUUAACAGAGAGGUUGAUCUAUGCCUUUUUUACAGCCUGGCUGGAUUACUGUAGUCUCUGUUGGAGAUUUCCAACAGAAUCCUGGACCAGAUCCAGCAGGUCCAAAGCUCAUUCGCUAGUCGACUAACAUACACUAAGCCUUACCAACAUAUCACCCCCUGUCUCCCAAAUCUCCACCGGCUGCCUGCCAAAUACCACAUCACUUACAAGAUCUUCUCAUCUGCAAAUCCCUCAGUGUCCUAGGCAGUGGGCACCUGUCAGAACUUCUUCAAUCAAACACACUGAGUCAGACCCAACAGUCCUGUGUGUCAUGUGUUCAUUUUCUGUCGCUUGCACCAACCUCUCUCUCAUCUGAGUUACAAGAUGCUCUUCAAAACGUUGUUUGACUUUACUCCUUGAGUUUAAUUACGCACUCUAUGUAAAACAUCCCUGAGUUUCUUGAAAGACACUAUGUAGAUCUUAGGUAUCAUUGUUCUUAUUAUUAUACAGUUUAUAUAAAGUAGCAUGACUAUUAAACUGACAUUAUUUUUUUGUGGAGUACAUGCAGUAUGACACAGGUGUUUUGUACUUCUUACAUUGUUUUGUUUAACUUCGACCAGGUUUCCUUUAUGUGAUGUAGUUUCUUUAAGCUAAGUGCAUUUCCCCUUUGAUUUGAUUUUUUAUUUUGCAUACAGUAAACAGGAGACCGCUGACAUUUAGCAUGAGACAUGUUUUGUGUUUGGGGUACAAAUAAAUUAUUUGACACACAAAGUU